GAUGAGAGUAACAUAGUCUGUUUGUGUUUGUAUAGCACAUCCAUCGUUCCUGCCAAUGAAGUGAACUCUACUAAUAAAUCGAUAAUCGAUGAAAAACAAGCUGGUCUCGAGAUUUCAGCCAGUGCUCAGCCAUACACUCCAGGCGCUCGUUUAUUGGAUGAUUAUUGGAUGAUAACUGAAAUGAAUACGGGGGGAGGCUCGAUCGAAUCCAGCUAGUUUUCUGGGGGCAAGGUACUUGGUGGAUUUUCUAAAAGAGAGGUAUAUAUACCUAGACAUUUCCGAGUUCAAGCAAGUUGAUAACUGAAAUCGCUACAAUUCGAAAUGACACGUUGCGAAACUCGACCUCCUCCGCCUUGCGCUAUUCCCAAACCACCACCCGCAUGCCCGCCGGUUGCUUUGCCGCCUGUAACUAGCCCACCUGUCGCUCGUCCACCUGUCACAGGUCCGCCCGCUGCCAACCCGCCUGGGGCAAGACCUCCGGUGACUAAUCCGCCUGGAUCUCGCCCUCCAACUACAAGUCCCCCGAGCUCUAAUCUACCUCUCGUUCUCCGGGAAUGUAACAUCAAAGUAUGGAUUGUCGAUGUCCAUUCCUGGGUAACUUUAUCUCAACAAUUCCAAAAUCCAAGCUCUUCCGUAGCGACUCAUGUUACGUAUACUUUCAGUAUGCUCGCGGGAGCUGCUAUAUAUGGAUUCCAGAUUGUCCGACAAGAUGGUACAAAGGUCGAUGGCGUAGUCAAACAAAAGGACGAGGCUCAGAAAGAAAUGGACAUUGCAGUCAGCGAAGGACUUACUGCUGCGUUGGGACAAGAAGUCACGAAAGAUGUGUUCUCAAUCGGAAUCGGAAAUGUCGCUGGGAACGAAACCAUCACUAUUAAUCUGUCUUACAUGAGUCCUCUUAUCGACGACGAGGAUCGUAAUCAGCUUCGUUUCACGCUCCCGCGUUCGUACAUGGAGCGCUAUGGCCGACGUCCUGCCGGAGUCACAAAUUCUCGUCUCGAUCAUGAGAACGUGCCAUUUACCAUGGACGUCCUCAUCCAACAAAGAGGCACCAUCCGCUCUGUCAGUUCUCCCUCUGGAUACAACUUCACCUUUGGCCUAGGUCGACCUCCCAACAUCAGUCCCUCUCCCGGAAUUCCCGACUCCAAUAUCGCCACCGCCACGAUCCGUCGUGGUGCCACUUCGUCUGCCCGUGCUCGAGAUGUCAUGCUUAUCAUCACUGCCGACCGUCUCGAUAAUCCACGUGCAUUCAUCGAGACGCACCCGUCUCCGAAUCAUACGACGGCUGCGAUUGGGCUUACGCUAGUACCUCAUUUUGGUAAUUCCAAUUAUUGCCCAGAGAUGGAGUAUAUUGUGCUCGUUGAUCGCAGUGGGAGUAUGCAGGGCGUGAAGAUGGAGAUGACGCGUCAGGCUUUGAUUGUUCUCCUCCAGGGAUUACCUUCGCGUGGGUCGUUCUUCAAUAUCUUCUCUUAUGGUACGAGAGCCACGUCGCUGUGGCCGACGAGUAGAGCCUAUGACCAGGCAACAGUCAAUGAAGCCAGACGACACUUAGACUCCAUGCAAGCAAACUAUGGCGGAACCGAGAUCCCCAAUGCCCUCGAUGCGGUCUUUGCCUCUCUUCCCUCUCGCCUUACUCGUCCAGUUUCUAUCUUCCUCCUCACAGAUGGCGGAGUCUGGGGCUCCCUCCUUAUCCAAUGUGUUACCAAGAUUGAAUCCACCAUCGCCUCCAGAUCCUCCGACAAGUCCUUCCUCCGUGUUUACACCAUCGGUAUCGGAGACGGUGUUUCCACCGAAACGUGUGAUCGAAUUGCACGAGCAGGAGCUGGAACGUCGACGUACAUCGUUUCGGACAACGAGCAGUACAUCGGGAAAUGUACGAGAUUGGUACGCGCUGCGAGGACUCCCCCGAUUGUGGAUAUUGAGGUUACGUGGGUCACGCCGAAAGAGAAUGCUUCGCAUGAUGCAACUGGACAGGUUAUAGAUCUGUUUGACGCAGAGGUCUCUUACGAUGAUGAAGAGUGUGGCGGAGUCGGUCCACUUGCACCGAUCUUGCAAGCUCCGGAUCCUGUACCGAGUUUCUACCGCUCGACAAGGACACAGGUGUACGCGAUUGUACCUGAUAGCAUUGCUGUCACGAAAGAGAUCAAGAUUUCUGGGCGGAUCCCGGUUACUGGUGCUUCUGUUGCGUUAACAAUUCCUGUACAGCGCUUUUCGCCAUUCGCGCCGUUCCCUGCUUCUCCGGGGGGUAUUGGUACGGGAACCGCGUUCCUGCAUACCCUUGCCGCAAAGGCGCUUAUUCAAGAUCGGGAGGAUUGGGAAGACAGUGGAAGCGGACCAGCAGGAAAACCCUCCGUAGCGUCGUUGAAAGAAGAUAUCACUAGACUUGGGAUCGAUUAUAAACUCACCAGUCGCUAUACGAGUUUGAUUGCCGUUGAUCGGAGGAAUCAAGACGUUCUUGGGAUGGGGUAUUAUUCUGCCCCUGGCGCGAAGAAGCCGAAGAAGAAUAUCGUUGCAGAGCGGGAGGGAAGCUUUAUCCCCAGUUUCCAAGCAAGGUCUUUGGCGCAUGCCACUUUCUCGUCCACUCCGGGAGGAAUUGGCAGGGCUGGCGCGGACACUGCUACUGAAGCUCUGAUCAUCCUCGCAAGGUUACAGAAUUUCGAUGGAAGCUUUGAUGAGUCGUCGUCCAAAUUCGACAUUGAGGGGUUGUAUGCCGAGUUGGGAGUUGACCUCGGGACCGGGACAGAAACAGAGACAGAAAUAAAAUCUAUCGUCGACAAAUUUGUGUCAGGUACCGAGAGUGAAAAAGGCCAGGUGGUGUAUAUUACCCUCCUCGCUUGGGCAUUUAUGGCUGUUCAAAGCAAGAGCAAUGCAAAGGCUGGAGAAGCAUUUUACGAUGUCAAGGAUAAGGCGGAUGUGUGGUUGAAAGAAAACUUGAAGGGAUCAGGCGCAGCGGGAAGUGAUGUGGACGUCGACGAGCUCAAACGACAGUUCUUGGACAAAGUGGCUAGUCUGGGUCAUGGAGGCGAGACUUAUGGACAUGGAGAAUUUGAUGAAUAUGUUGACUCGGAUGAGGAUGAUUUUGAUUUUGAUUUGAGUUUGGAUUUAGAAGAAGAAGGGGGUUUCGCAUUGGGAGGAGAGGGCGUAGGGUUGGUUGAGGUUGUGAAUUGAAGUGGUGAUUGUAUAUGGGGUUAAUUUCUUUUUGAAUUUUUUCCCUUCCGCGCCUCUUUAUGUUCAUCGUUAUGAUUUCCUUCUCCCUGUCGUUGUCCCCACGUCUCUCCGCCUGUCUUGCCUGUAAAGUUGUUUUUGUCAGUUGUGUUGAAUGUAAAUCUCAAAUGUGGUUUGUCUUCUACCUGAAUCGAAGUUUGUGGGGUGGGGUGGUUGUAGAACAAGUUACCCAUUAUGACGC